GAAUUGAUGUCCAUUUUCUUCAUAUAAAACCUUUGCACUUGUCUGAAGGGCAGUCUGCUAAGCCUUUAUUGAUGAUCCAUGGUUGGCCUGGCUCAGUGUUUGAAUUGUACAAAAUUAUCCCUCUUUUGACUGACUCUGUAAACCAUGGCCUGAGUGGUGACCAUAUUUUUGAAAUGGUUUGCCCUUCCAUUCCUGGCUUUGGCUUCUCAGAAGCUCCUCACAAGAAAGGCUUUAAUACCAUGUGUGCUGCCCGUAUCUUCUAUAAGUUAAUGCUCAAACUAGGCUUUCAUAAAUUCUAUAUUCAGGGAGGGGACUAUGGGUCUCUGAUUGGCACAAAUCUGGCUCAGAUUGCUCCACGCCAUGUGAAAGGCAUCCACUUAAAUAUAGUAGUACUGACCACUAUCGGCUUCAAGCAGCUUCUCUCCAUUCUGUUGGGACAAUAUUUCCCAGGACUGUUUGGUUUCCAGGCAGAAGAUGUCCAACUGAUCUUUCCUUUCAAAGAAAAGGUGCUCUGCAAGCUUCUGCGGGAGAGCGGCUACGUUCACAUUCAAGCUACAAAGCCGGACACUGUGGGCUGUGCCUUGAAUGAUUCUCCUGUGGGAUUGGCUGCAUACAUUUUGGAUAAGUUUUCUACAUGGACUGAUCCCAGUUUUCAAAAUCUAGAAGAUGGAGGACUAGAAAAGAAGUUCACUCUGGAUGACCUUCUCACAAAUAUCAUGAUCUAUUGGGCUUCGGGUUGCGUGGUUUCUUCAGUGCGCUUAUACAAAGAAGUUUUUGGGAAGGGUAUCGGCACAGAGAAGCAUGAAAAGUUCCCUGUGGAAGUUCCCACAGGAAUUGCCGUAUUUCCCAAUGAACUCUUUCACAUUCCUCGGUCAUGGGCUCAACAGAAGUAUGUUAACAUUGUUUCAUACAACUUCAUGCCUCGAGGUGGUCAUUUUGCAGCUUUUGAGGAACCAGAGAUCCUUGCAGCAGACAUCCUACAGUUUGUAGACAAAGUAGAAAAAGCCAGCUUUAUCCAAUGAAGAAGAAAUUCUCUGGCUGGAUGAUUGGAUCUUUUUUAACCUCUCGAUGCAGAAUUAUUGAGAUUAAAUAUGGGAAAAGGUGAUUUGCAUUUAGACUAUUUCCCACUGUAGUCUUAGAUACUUUAUAGCUCUGUCAUUAUCUUAUGUAACUUGAUGAAAAUCAGAUCCCCACUCAAGCUGAAGCCAUGAUGAGCUAGUACAGUGCUGUGACUGAAAGACUGAGCUGGGAAUGAAGAAGUCCCUGGGUCUGCUUUUUGUAUUAUUGUUAUAUAGCAUCAUCCAUGUAGAUGGGCUGCUUAUACAAUAAGAGGGCAAAUCCUUGCUCCAAAGAGCCAACAAUCUAGAAACAGACCUAAAGAAGUGGAAGGAAAUCUGUAUAUGCUCACCGAGGAGCCUUUAGACUAGUCACUCUUCCCUUUUUUUUUUUCCUCCUGGAUCAAUGGGAUGAACACACAGACCUACCUAACAAUACCUUAUUAAGAUAAUAUGGAUGGUGCUUGCUGGUUUUGUAAAAUGCAGCAUUCCAGGAGCACAUAAUCUGGUUCAGGCUGAGCCAGGGGCAUUGAGGGGUGUCAUAAAGUAUCAAGACAGCAGGCGUGACCAUGCAGUCAAAAUCCCAUUGCUUUUUAUGCAUGUGUGAUGCACGUUAAGGGCCGAGGCUUUGACUGUGCAGUCACACCUGCCAUUUUGACUUUUUUGAGCCUCUCUGUGGAUGCCCCUGCUGUGAGCCACACUUAAUGGCCUGCCUGGGCUGUGCUCUAAAAAAAGUGGGCAGGGGUUGAGUCAAGUCACUGAACUUAAAUUUUAUGUAGAUAAAUAAAACACAGUUAAUAUAUUUAUUUCCCCUGUAUUUCCUAAUAAUUUCCCCUUUGGUCACAUUAAAAAUUAUAUUUCAAUUGGAACUGUUAGAGGGAUCACAAGAUGUAACCCUUGCUUUGCAUAAAAUGCUAAGAACAAUUAUUAGGUUAUUAAACCAAUUGUCUGAUAAUUCUGUCACUUACUAAGUGUCUCUCAGACUGAUAAACUGAAGAAAUUAUAGACUGAUGGAAUAACUCCCAUAUCUUCAGCUUUAAUGAUUUUGUGCUUUGUCAAGAAUUGUAUGAAUUGAAAGCCAACAAGACUCAAGCUUGUGCAUUUUUGAAGGCAUAUAGAUUCAAUCCUCGGGUCCACAGUUUCAGUUCUGGCCCCAGAAUAAAUUAUGCAAAUAAACAAAAGUUGUACAUAUUGACUUUGGGGGAUUAAUUAUAUCUUUCUGAGAAAAUUCUGACCUCCAGGAGAAGGUUUUCAAUGGAUAUUUUAAAAAUUGCAUCAUGGAAAAGGGCAAUGGCAAACCACUGUUGCCAAGAAAGCCCCCUUGAUGCUUGAUGUCACCAGGAGUCAAGCUUUUUUUUUUUUUUUAUAGUCAGAUUGAGGCAGUGAAGAAUGAGUUUAGUAGAGAAUGGAAGAACUAAAAGGGUGGGUAAGGAUGCAGUAGUGGAAAUGUACAGUACUCAAAGCUUUAAAAAUACAUUUUAGUCUCAAACCACAUCUUUUAGAACUUUUGCCUUGCCUCUGAAAAGAGGCCAAAUGCUGCCUGUGUGUUUCUGAUUUUAUGUUUAUUGAUGGGUGCUGAACACACUGUUUCCAUAUGUGUCUUUUUGUUUAGAAUUCAAUCCUUUUAUGGAGCAUCCCUGAUUUAUGUUGUUUGGUCAUCAAAUGUGGCUGACGCAGUCCUUUGCUGGCUGGCUUGGAUCCCAUUUAUUUUCCACUAGCCAGGAAUAUUUUCUUAUUACAAUUCCACUCAGAAAGCUCCCCCAGUGGAAAAGUAUAUCUUACUAUCAUCUUCACACAUUUCCAAAAGUUCCCCAAACCAAUAAAGCAGACUUGAUGAUAAUAUAGGGGAUUGCAGGAUGAGGGAAAAAUCAGUGCAGGCCAUUGUGUUAUUGUGGUUAGAGUGUAUAUUGAAAUAUACCAGAUGCAACAGAGAAACAGUGGAAGGGACUAUCAAUCUCCAAUCCAGGUUUGUUAGCUUUCUGAAUACAUCUGUUUCUUCCUGACAAUAAGAAAUUAAUUUUUGCCAUCUCAAAUCCAUAUUUAAAACUCACUCUAGGGGUUGGAAAAAAUUAAGACAAUGUUUGGCUCCAAAUUUAUACCCUUUGAUCUGAUAGUUUAUAAGCUUCAUGUUUAUAAAUUGCUAAAAAUCAUGGAAUGGGAACAUAUAAUAUUUUAUAGAGUUAAGAUUUAAUAAUGCCGAUCUUUUGACUAAUGAGUAGAUUUGGCAAAAGGAAUAGUUGAAUUUACCAACAGUGCUGUUAAAUGAGUCAAAUUAAAUAAUUUUUCAUAAAAUAUGUAGGUAAUUGAGUAAGUCCACUAGAAAUAUUUGGAGAACAGUAUAUGUCUAUUUUUUUAAAUAGAAAAGGAAUCUCAUAAAGGUUUUACAAAACAAGAGGGUCCCUUGAAAAUCUUAAACAUUUCUGGAAGGAUGAUCUGGGUUUUGAUCUUCAUGAAUCUUAUUGCAACUUUAUGAGCAAUUGAAUUUCUUUUAGAACUAUUUCAGCAAGUCAUCAAGAAUUAACUAUGAAGAAUAAUUCAUAGACGGCAUUAUGUUCAAUUAAAAUUAACUGGAACCUUUCUAGAUUGUGUUAGUGGGAGGUAUAAACAAAUUGGUACAUAUUACCAACUUUGGUGGCAAAGCUCAGAAGGGCAGUGUUUUAAGUGGAAAGAUUUUGAAGAAAUUAAAAGAUUGCCCAACAAUCUUUCUCAGUGAUUCAGACUCCCUAAUAAAUGGGAUGUAACACAAGAAAUUGAUUCAGUUCUUGCUAUUAGCUGUUGGGUUGUUGUGGAAAACACUGGAAAUACAAAGUUCAUCUUUCACUAAAUCAGUGGUAUUCAAAAGUGUGCAAAAAUUGUUUUCUGUUGGCAGAAAAAUUCACACAACAAUAAAAUAAUGAACAUCCUUCAAUGAAAGUUAAAUAUAAUAAAAUAUUAUCACAAUAUUAAUAGUGUUUUCCCUAUAAGAUUACUGCUGGAGGUUUAAAUGUCAUUUUGAAUCAACAAAAUAUAAUGAUUAAAUUGUUUCUAAUCCCAAGACCACAUGUACAUCUGUUCUCAACUAUUAUAUUUUUCCUGGCUUUUAGCUUUGUAUUCUUAUUCUCUUUUUGUUGUCAAAGUUCUGAAUUUUUGUUCUUUAAAACUAAAAUAAAA